AAGAAGGCCCUCUGUUUCUCUCCUUUCAUCUCCAGGACACAUUCAUCACUCUCCUCCCUUCUCCCUGAGCAUACAUCAUAUGUCAUUGAGAAUCUUUCGUUGGCAGUCAUCUCAAAUUUUUGACAAUACAUAUACAAUCGAAAAUCAUGGCCCUGGCGACCCUCCGGACAAGGGCUCUCCCGCGAGCACCAUUUAAAAACCAAUUCAGAGCGCUUUCCACAACCCCCCACCGCCACGAUGACACCCUCAACAAAGUCUCCUCCAAAAUUACCCAACCCAAGUCCCAAGGCGCCUCCCAAGCAAUGCUCUACGCAACCGGCCUCUCAGAAUCCGACAUGAAAAAGCCCCAAGUUGGUAUAUCCUCCGUCUGGUUCGAAGGAAACCCCUGUAACAAGCACCUCCUCGAUUUAUCCGGAAAAGUCCGUGACUCUGUCGCCCACGCGGGGUUGGUUCCCAUGCGUUUUAACUCCGUUGGUGUGUCGGAUGGAAUUAGCAUGGGGACGUCUGGGAUGCGGUAUAGUCUGCAGAGUCGAGAGAUUAUCGCCGAUGGAAUUGAGACGGUGAUGAAUGCGCAGUGGUAUGAUGCGAAUAUUUCGCUGCCGGGGUGUGAUAAGAAUAUGCCCGGUGUGGUUAUGGCCAUGGGAAGGGUGAAUAGGCCGAGUAUUAUGAUUUAUGGAGGGAGUAUUAAACCCGGGUGCAGUGCGAAGGGGAAGCAGUUGGAUCUUGUGAGUGCUUUCCAAUCGUAUGGGCAGUAUAUCACGAGCGAGAUCGAUGAGAAGGAACGGUUUGACAUCAUCCGCAAUGCGUGUCCCGGGGCUGGUGCUUGCGGGGGUAUGUAUACGGCAAAUACGCUCGCAACGGCGAUUGAGACGAUGGGUUUGACGGUCCCGGGAAGCAGUAGCUGUCCAGCUGAGGACGGGAGGAAGCAAGCUGAGUGUGAGGAUAUUGGGGAGACGGUCAAGAAUCUUCUAAAAGAAGACAUCCGUCCCCGCGACAUCCUAACCCGUCAAGCAUUCGAGAAUGCAAUGAUCGUCGUGAACAUCCUAGGAGGCAGCACAAACGCCGUUCUCCACCUAAUCGCCAUGGCCGACGCCGUAGGCAUAAAGUUAACAAUUGACGACUUCCAAGCCGUAUCCGACAAAACACCUUUCUUAGCAGACCUCAAGCCCUCCGGCAAACACGUCAUGCACGACCUGUACAAAAUCGGUGGCACACCCGCGCUCCUCAAAUUCCUCCUCAAGGAAAACUUAAUCGACGGCUCUGGAAUUACCGUCACUGGCAAAACAAUGAAACAAAACGUCUCCUCAUGGCCAGACUUCCCACAAGAACAACCCAUCAUCCGCCCCCUAACCAACCCCAUCAAACCAUCCGGCCAUCUCCAGAUCCUGCGCGGCUCACUGGCCCCGGGGGGCUCGGUGGGGAAAAUCACUGGCAAAGAAGGCCUCCGCUUCGAAGGCACGGCCAAAUGCUACGACUACGAAGACGCAUUCAUAGAGGCGCUCGAGCGCGGGGACAUUAAAAAAGGUGAGAAAACAGUCGUCAUUAUCCGCUAUGAGGGCCCCAAGGGCGGGCCCGGGAUGCCGGAGAUGCUCAAACCUAGUGCGGCAAUUAUGGGUGCAGGAUUGGGGAAUGAUGUUGCUUUGAUUACGGAUGGGCGGUUUUCGGGUGGGAGCCAUGGGUUUUUGAUCGGGCAUGUUGUUCCUGAGGCGAUAGAAGGGGGGCCUAUUGGGCUGGCGAGGGAUGGGGAUCGGGUCAUUAUUGAUGCGGAGGAGAGGGUUGUUGAUUUGGUUGUUGGGGAGGGGGAGAUGGAGAGGAGAAAGGGGGAGUGGAGGGCACCGGAGGGAAGGGCUAGGAAGGGGACUUUGAAAAAGUAUGCGUUGUUGGUUAGCGAUGCUAGUCACGGGUGUGUUACUGAUGGGCCGAUUUAGUGAACCC